CACCCUCACACCUUAAUAACAGCGCGUGCAACAACAACACGCAUACACACACACACACACACACACACACACACAUACACACACAACCCCUCAUUCUGCAUCUAACAUUCGAGGCACGAGGACAUCUAAAAUGUGUGUAAGCGAGCGCGGAACGAUGCCUAUUUUUACGUAGUAAGGAAUACUGGCCUCGCCGCGAGCUUCGUCAGUGAAAAGCUUAUCUCUAUUUUACUGACUCGUGUCGUCUUGCCUCUGGAGUGCCGCGAGACAGCUGAGACGCAGAAGAACACGUUCAAUGCCGUUGGAACAUGUCCUAUGUUCCCUUCCAAGAUGCGAGGUGUGCUGCCCCCCCCUCUUAUCAUCACCACCGCCAUCAUCGCUCCCACCUCCCGCCGUUCCACGCUCCCUCCUACGACGCCCCAGUGCACGAGCGUCCCAUCUACGAUCGUCCCUCGCACGCCCGUCCUGCCAUCGAACGCCCCUCGCACGACCACCCGGUCUACGAUCGCCCCACGCAAGACCCUUGGAACCCACGUCUCUGCGUGAUCUCCGGAAAUCAGCUCUACAUGUUGGACCAGGAGGAGGUUCACCCUCUGCUGAUGCGCGAGAGGCGCUCCGAGUCCCACAGGAACAAGCUCCUGCGGCGGACGGUCAGCGUUCCCGUUGAGGGGCGGCCGCAUCCAGAGAUGGAUCACCGCGCCCGGCGGAAGAGCAUCGCCACAGGGAAGCAGCCCAGCAUGGAGAUCCCUCCCACCGCCCCCCCGCAACCCUUCCGACAACCCAGCUUCCUGAGCAGGAGGUUGAAGGGCUCCAUCAAGAGGGCCAAGAGUCAGCCCAAACUGGACCGCAGCAGCAGCUUCAGGCACAUGAUCCUCCCCCGCUUCCGCAGCGCUGACCAGGACAGGACCCGUCUGAUGCAGAGCUUCAAGGAGUCCCACUCCCAUGAGUCUCUGCUGUCCCCCAGCAGUGCGGCCGAGGCGCUGGACCUCACCCUGGACGAAGAUGCCAUCAUCAAGCCCGUCCACUCCAGCAUCCUGGGCCAGGAGUAUUGCUUUGAGGUCACCACAGCGUCGGGGACCAAGUGCUUUGCUUGUCGCUCGGCCGCCGAGAGAGACAAGUGGAUCGAGAACCUGCAGAGAGCUGUCAAACCCAACAAGGACAACAGCCGCCGCGUGGACAAUGUGCUCAAACUGUGGAUCAUCGAGGCCCGCGAGCUUCCAGCCAAGAAGCGCUACUACUGUGAACUGUGCCUGGACGACAUGCUGUACGCGCGCACCACCAGCAAGCCCCGCACCGACACCGUCUUCUGGGGGGAGCACUUUGAGUUCAACAACCUGCCCGCCGUCCGCAACCUUCGCCUUCACCUCUACAAGGAGACGGACAAGAAGAGACGCAAGGAGAAGAGCACAUACUUGGGCCUCGUCAGCAUCCCCAUCUCCAGCAUCACUGGGCGUCAGUUUGUGGAGCAGUGGUACCCCGUCAUUCAGCCCAGCGUCCUCACCAAGGGAGCGGGCGUGGGCGGGGGGAAGAUCAUCAACGCGUCGCUCCGCCUCAAGUCCCGCUACCAGACCAUGAGCAUCCUGCCCAUGGAGCUGUACAAAGAGUUCGCCGAGUACGUCACCAACAACUACCGCACGCUGUGCGCCGUGCUGGAGCCCGUGCUCAGCGUCAAGAGCAAAGAGGAGGUGGCGUGUGCACUGGUGCACAUCCUUCAGAGCACAGGGAAGGCUAAGGACUUCCUGUCAGACAUGGCGAUGUGUGAGGUGGACAGAUUCAUGGACCGAGAACACCUUAUCUUCAGAGAGAACACUCUGGCCACCAAAGCCAUAGAAGAGUACCUCAAGCUGAUUGGACACAAGUACCUCAAGGACGCUAUAGGUGAGUUCAUCAGAGCCUUGUACGAGUCAGAGGAGAACUGCGAGGUAGACCCCAUGCGGACCCCACCCUCGGUGCUCCCAGACCACCAAGCUAACCUACGCAUGUGCUGCGAGCUGGCGCUGUGCAAGAUCAUCAACUCCCAUUGCGUGUUCCCCCGGGAGCUGAAGGAGGUGUUUGCGUCGUGGAGGGUACGUUGUGCCGAGCGGGGCCGGGAGGACAUCGCGGACCGCCUCAUCAGCGGCUCGCUCUUCCUGCGCUUCCUGUGUCCCGCGGUGAUGUCCCCGUCACUCUUCAACCUGACACAGGAGUACCCCGACGAGCAGACCUCCCGCACCCUCACCCUCAUAGCCAAGGUGGUGCAGAACCUGGCCAACUUCUCCAAAUUCGGCACUAAAGAGGAGUACAUGUGCUUCAUGAAUGAGUUCCUGGAGAUGGAGUGGGGCUCCAUGCAGCAGUUCCAGUACGAGAUCUCCAAUUUGGACAGCGUGAGCAACGCGGGCAGCUUCGAGGGCUACAUCGACCUGGGCAGGGAGCUGUCCAUCCUCCACAGCCUGCUCUGGGAGGUCAUGGCCCAGCUCAGCAAGGUUAGCGGGACAACGGACGCCAUCAUCAAACUGGGCCCGCUGCCCCGCCUCCUGAACGACAUCAGCAUGGCGCUGCGUAACCCCCACCUCCAGAGGCAGCCCAGCCACCAGGGCCCCGGCCGCCUGCAGGAGAAGCAGUCGGGCCGCCUGCUCUCUAGGCCCAGCUUCAACAGGGCCCCCUCCUCCGAGUUCCAGAGGUACGACAACUCUAUAGAUAUCACUCGCUUGCCUUCCCCCACCACUGGGGUACCCGGCGGGGGAGUCAUGCCCUCGCGCCCCCAGUUGAGUUUCCAGGAACGGGAGCACCUCCAGCGGGCCAACUCCAAAGAUGUUUUCUACGUGACGCGCCCCCCCCUGGCGCGCUCCAGCCCCGCCAACUGCACCAGCAGCUCUGACAUCACCGAUCCGGACCCCAAGGCCUCCAUCGGCGGCGGCAUGGGCAGCUUCGGCGGGCUGAGCAGCGGGGGCGGUGGCGGCCUGGGCUCGGGCCUCAGCAGCCAGCUCCGGGCCGGCGGGCGUCUGUCGGCCGGCUCUGGGGGCUCCAGCAUGUCUGGCGGCCUCCGGCUGAGCCAGAUGGGCGCCACCACCGACUCGCUGUCCCAGCAGCAGCAACAGCAGGCCGCCGCCAUGCGCUACCCGCUUUCCUUCCAGAACCCCCUCUUCCACCUGGCCACCGGGGACGGACCCCAGCAACAGCAGCAGCAGCAGCAUCAGCUCCACCACCAGCACAGCCGGGCCCAGCCCCCGCCGCCCCUGCUCCUGGCCCCCGACCCGGAGCCCUCCCACCAGUCCUACGUGCCCCAGUUCGCCCACGGAGGGUUCUCCCGGAGCGAGGACCUGUCCACCCUCAGGACCCGGGACGGGCACCUGAACCAGCCCAGCAUCAUCCACUCCCACAGCUACAGCGACGACUACACCCGUGCGGACCAGGGACGCAGGCAGCUCUCCAUGCACAUGCAGGAUAACAUCCCACCGCAACACAUGAUGGGCAUGGCGUCCCAGACGGGGACCUCCCACUCCUCCCUGGCCACACCCCCUUCCACAGUCCAGCCAGUGCGCCAGAGUUCCAUCGCCCCGCCUCCCGCCCAGCGCGUCAAAUCACAGACCUCGCAUCAGCUGUCUGUCAGCGCGGCGGCCACGCCCUCGGCGCCGGCCAAGACGCGGCCUCAGAGCGGGAACCUCCUCCAGUCCCCCGAGUCGGGCUACGCCGGGAGGCAGCCGGGUCCCAGGCAGCUGUCCGUCAAGGGCAGCACCCCACCGGGCCUGCCCCACCAACAGAGCUCAGUCCGGGAGAACCAGAGUCCGCAGGGAACCACCAAUCAGAGCAAUCAGCAGUCGCCACAGCAACCCCAGCAACAGCAUCUGCUGAAGCCCACCAUGAGCAAACAGGGUUCCCAGACUCCCUCCAGCCUCAACCCCCCCACCCCGGCCAACGAGCGGACGGUGGCCUGGGUGUCCAACAUGCCUCACCUCUCGGCGGACAUCCCGCUGAGCGCCCGGUCCGACCGCGAGGACUUCAAGCUGAAGGAGUACUCGAAGAGCAUGGACGAGUCUCGCAUGGAGAGGGUGAAGGAGUACGAGGAUGAGAUCCACUCGCUGAAGGAGCGCCUGGUGAUGUCCCACAAAAAGCUAGAGGAGUACGAGAGGAGGCUGCUGAGCCAGGAGCAGCAGACCAGUCAGAUCCUCCUGCAGUACCAGAACCGGCUGGACGACAGCGAGCGCCGGCUUAGGCAGCAGCAGCACGAGAAAGACUCCCAGAUUAAAGGGAUAAUCAGCAGACUGAUGGCUGUGGAAGAUGAAAUAAGAGGAGCCCCAGUGGUCAUUGAGCCCAAAACCAGAAUGUUUGCUGAUCAGGGGCGUCGUCAGUCUAUCCUAGUGCAGCCCCGCCUCGCUCCCGCCCCGCCCCGAGUCUCCAGGAAACCGAGCUUUCCUCCGUGGGUUCAGCAGACCCCAGUGUGAAAACAGAAAGUGGAGAGGGAGGUGGAGAAGGAGGAGGAGGAGAAGGAAGAGGCCUGGACCACCAUCAAGGAACUCCUCCCCUGGGCGUGCACUCGGAUAGCCCCGCCCACAGCACCCCCCCUCCGAACGACACCCACCCUCCCUCUCUGCUACCUCACGUCGCGUCACAACCCACCGCCACCACCACCACUGCACCAACCCCAACCACCACCACCACCACCACGACAUCAUCAACCACCUAGUCUGAACGGAGAGCUCCAUGGCAACCAAAUGUCCACCCCCGUGACAACCGCACAGGCGCUCGGCGUCAUGGCAACAGCAGAGGAAGAGGGAGCAGGUCAAAAAGCAACGCUUGGAGAAAGAGGACCCAAUUAAAGGAGGAAUUCGAAAAACAGAAAUACUGUGCCUACACUCUUCCAAAUAAACAAAAAGGGUUAAGGGUUGUUUUUUUUCUCUGAACCCAACCCUGGCCCAGCCGAACCCCGACCCCCCCUAGUCAUGAACCCUUUUUGGAGAGCAAGAGAGAGAAGAAAUGUUUGGGGAGAGAGCUCCAUGACACACCCCAUGCACACCACUAAGGGCUCCUCAGUGGCUCCGCCCACAGGCUCUGUGCAGCGCCACUCUUGCAGGCCAAGGUGGUGACCGCCUAUGCCCCCCCCCCUCCCCCGACGACACACUGUACACAGCUUUAAGGGGACAGCGCUGGGUACACACAGGCAGACCGUCACCAUAGUAACCGCACCAAUGCCGGCCGAGUCCCGCGUGACGGCUCGACGUAACGGAAAGAGAGGAAGGGGUUCACCGGAACGAACAAACAGAACGCUCCAUAAGAUACCGAUCAAACUUCAGUCCAGUGCGGCGGCCACACUCACAGCUGGCGAUGUCCACCGUGCCCAUCCCCCCCGUCCCCCCGUCCCCCAGCCCCCUCCUUUCGCUUUGUGCUUACAGGUGUGAUAGCUGCACCUGUAGGUGGUCAGGUAGACCUAGUACCGUAGUCCUUCCUUUUAGUGCCUUUGAGCGUUAUUCAACAGGGUCUUCAAUAACUAUGAUAUGAUGAGGUGACAGCGGGAGAAAGCAGCAAUACCAUCGCUUUUAUAAGAAAACUGACUUAGUGCUGGAAAAGGGACUAAUGGUAUUUUAUUUUUUCGGGUGGGGGGGGAGACUGAGUUCAUACAAUUUUUCUCUUCUCAAUCGCAGAACUGACAUGUGAUCCACUGGUGCUAAAGAGAAACUAAUGGUGCCAUUUCCCAGGUCCAAGUGUGGUCUUCGUCUGUCUGCUUCCUCCAUCUCACCUCCUCCUCCUCCUCUUCCUCCUCUUCCUCCCUGUCUUCUCCAAGGUCAUGUCACUGUGUUGUGUCUUUGUCUCCGCUUCUGUGUUCCAGUUUGUGUGUACGUCUCUCAUCGUCUGCUAAUCCUGUCUCCGUCUGUCUGAGGAGUUCAAAAUGUCACAGUUCACAGUAAAAAACCAAAGCUAAACCAGACAUAUAAUUUGGUUAUUUCUUUAUUUAACCUUUGUUUAACCAGGUUAGUCUCUUGAUAUUAAAUAAUAUAUAUUGCAUGAGAGAACUUGCCAAGAACAGCAGUCUACAAAACUUCGACAUAUAACAGACACCUGAAUGUAGGAAGAUCAUAGGUACAACAAGAAAAAACGCCUCUCAUCUCAAAUAUGGUCAAAUGAAUGUAAACCAUAAAAUAUGUCCCUCCAAUGGUCUGUGCUUUGAGGUUAUAUAACUGCAAAUAACAAUCCACAGAUGCCUCUGUCUCUGCUUUCUCCUCUUUUAAUCCCUCUCUACACUGGAUUCUUUGUCUUCUCCUGGCCUCCUCCUUACUUUAUAGAUAAUUCUUUUUUUUAAUUGCCUAAAUAAUAAUAAGGGAAGUUGAUGAAUUGUCAUUUGUUACGCUCUGACUGCACUUUCUACAGUUGAUGGGUUGUGUCCAGGGGAAACGGUUGACCAUUGCGAGGUUGGAAUCUCUUUCAAAUCUAUAAAUAGUUUGUACAUUUAUACUAUGUGUUCUCUCUAGCUUCUGGUUGCGUAGUUGCAUUCAUUAGAAAUAAAUAGCUCUGUAUCAGCCAAACCUCUGACAAAGGCCAACCGCGCUUUAACCUUGAAGUCCCCGGCACGACGCUCAUUGACUGGCAUUCUUAACUCCAGAGACCACUAGACCAUUCAUUAGUGAACCCCCAGUAGGAAAGCCAUGACACUGAGAACACACAGAAUAAAGACAGGCUGAAACAUCAAAUCCUGCACUCAACACUAAUACCGCUGUUCUUUACUGAAGGAUGAAUACUUUUAAAAGACCGGUACCUUUUCUAAGAAAAUCCAAAAUAAAAAGAAAUGCCAAUGCUAAGAAUGUAAAGAAUGUACUACCUCACGGUAUUGUAAGAUGCCUUUAUCCAAAGUAUCGUACGAUACUGUGAGCGUUUAGAUUGUCCGCAUAACUACCUAGGUAUUAUUUAAUCGAUAAUUUUGUUUUCCAAAAGGGAUUUAAUAUAUUUCUCCGUUCUUAAGAUACAAACUGUCUGUUGAAUGUGUUGCCCUGUCUUAUCAUGUGUUUGUUUAUUACUUUCUGUAUGAAAUGUCUGCUGUAACCUGUCCUUAUGUGAAUUUGUGUCACUGUUUCUGUACUCAUUCUGCACCAGCUCAGUGAAUACUCCCAAUAGGGGCAUGCAGAACAAGAAUCUCGGACCCGUCUGUUUCAGCUUGUUUUAAAUUAUUGGACGAAUGUCCUAUCUUUCGGUCCAGGGUCAAAACGACACAUUGCCAUGUAUCUCUUGGUCAGUUCUAGGGACUUACAAUAAAAUCUGAAAGAAGGGGUUAGAUUCAGUAAAUAGCUGAAACUGCAGACAAAUCCAACACUAGCAAUGUGUUUGUAAAUGCUAACAUUGAGCCAGAAGUAAAAACAAAUCUUUGUCUUCUAUUUCCACACAGCUUGUAGGGCUACUUCUUUCGAUGUGUAAAGUAUUUCACAAGCAGAGACGGUGAGAUCAUAGUGAGGCUAGAGAUGACGGACGCUCGGUCGUUGAGGGGUCGUAAAAAAUACCUCAGUGAAAUAUAAAAUGGAAAGACUCAGGUACACAAGCACUCUCCUCAGAGCUGAUGAGAAACCUCCCUGAAAUGAGGAUGCCUUCAAACCUUUGGUCAACCCAGGGACCAUCUCAUCUCCUCACUCUGCUUCAGUAGCCCCUGAUCAAGUCCCCUCGUCUCUUCUUCCUCUUCCUCCUCCUCCUCCUCCUCCUCCUCUCCUUCCUCUUCGUUUUUCUUCUCUCUUUCUGCCCUCUUUUUGCUCUUCUUCUCUUAGCCACUCACAAAGCUUCGUGGAGGACAUCCUGGAACCUAAUUGGCUGGGCCGUGUGAAGUCCAAAGGGUGGCACAGCCAAAUGUCAAGGGCCCUCUCUCGGGACGCGAUUGGCUGACGAAGGGGGUACUUGGGUCCCAUUGGUCCCAGUCCCUUUGCUCAAAGGAUGGUGCAGCGAAAGCCCAGCAAACCGGAUAAGGAUCUGCUGGGUGCUCCUUUUUUUAUUGAUUUAUUGACCUUCCUUUACUUGGGCCCUCUCUCUCUCUCUUUGAUUGGAUCCACUGGAGUAUUUUUAUGCAUCUGUCGCUUCGUAAUUGGAUAUAUUAUAGGACUUUUCUUCGGUGGACAGGCCAAGCAUUUCGGUUAUCCGCUCGCCGGCCUGGCUUGCAUGUGAAGACUAGCUAUGCAGAAAAUUGAAUCAGUCGGGGCGAAGCAAGUCUGAGGCCACGGGGGUCAGGCAGGGUCACAACACGAGAGAGAGAGGUGUAUUGUACUGUAGGUGACACGUAUUUCAAAGGUGCUUGACUUUUCUUUUUGUUUUCUGACGAAAAGCAAUUUUUUUAAGCUUUUCUUGACUCCUCUCUCUCUCAUUCUCUCUCUCUCUCUCUCUCUCUCUCUCUCUCUCUCUCUCUCUCUCUCUCUCUCUCUCUCUCUCUCUCUCUCUCCAUGUUACUUUUUAAUGACGUCAUCUCUUCUUUCAAGAACUUUUCUAAUUAUUAUUUAGACACUUACUUAAACUCCUAGUUUUAGACCUACGUGCUAUUUUUCAUUUUCAAUAGUUUUUUCUUAAUUCAUAGUUUAGCCGUUCUGUUAAGGAACUGUUUUUUGACUUUGAGUUAAAGGAAUCUAAAUAUGCACAGCCUAUACACAAAAAAUCUGCUUCGAAAAAAUAUUCAACACAAUCUUGAAACUGGACAGAAUGUUACUAUUUAUAUUUGUAUGAUACUGCUUAUUCUUACUGUAGUACAUACAAAGCUAUAUAUAUAUAUAGAUAUAUACUCUACAUCGUAAAUCUUUCGGAACAGAUAUUUAUUUCUUGAUAAAGUCGGAAGCCUCUAUCUGAUGGAAGUUCAUAAAGGAUCCAUUUUAUAUACAAACUACGUUUUCUUAUUUAGACAAUCUUAUAGUGAACACUGAGGUGUGGGACUGUGCCCUGGAAAACUUUCUGACCAACAGGAACAAACCUGUUCCCAGCUGCUCCUCCUUCACUGACUGACAACAACAAAAUGUUGCUUUGACCUGCGACCCCUCUUCCUCUGGCGUGUCAUCGCUCUCCGGGUGACGCGAGUACACGGACAAUGGGUAACAUUUGGGUUUGCUUUUGUUUCCUUUUUUUAACCCGACAAUCGCCACGGGGCUCUCCGUUCACAGACGAUGUUGAUGCUCUUCGGAGCAGGACAGUCCUCACAGUGUGUGGGUCAUUUUGAGAUUCCCGACCAAGGGCGUGUAAAGGUCUCCUCGUGAGUUUCCAGGUGAAUGGAUGAGUCCUUGGUUUCAAUGAGAACCCACUAGACAGCAUUCUGGGAGCCGUUCUAAAAGCUGUUUAUUUAAAUGGAGAUGCUCAAACUACAAACCCCAACCCCUCCCACCCCCCUUCCCAAUUAUUCCUCACUUUGAAUCCCUGGUGACAGAGAGAGAUACAUUAUAGGCCCUGCCAAAAUGAGUGAAUGUGUCUGUAUAUAAGUGUGUGUACUGAAUCAAAUUGUCUGUGUAUAUACUGGAUAAAUGUGUAUAUAUAGUAUGUCUAUACAGGUUGUUAUUUUUUAGACAUACAGAGCGUACAUAAUUGAUUCACCCUUUACUGUAUCUCUCUCUGCCGCCACCUCUUUCUCUCUCUCUCUCUCUCUCUCUCUCUCUCUCUCUCUCUCUCUCUCUCUCUCUCUCUCUCUCUCUCUCUCUCUCUCUCUCUCUCUCUCUCUCUUUCUCUUGCUCUUGCUCUCACUCUUGCCCUCACCCUAUUGCUCUGUCUCUCUAUCUUGGUUUACGAAUCCUGAGUGGAGGAGAUGGUUUUCUAGGUGAAUGGACAGCUGUGAAAGGCACUAUGUGUGCAGAAUCACACACUCUCACCCAGGGCUGCUGUCUCUUUGCUGCGUCCUUCAAGCUGUCAGGCGCAUUACUUCAAGCGUGCGCUCAUGUUGACCAACUCAAAGCUUUUUUUCCUGCAGGAGAUUUGGGUGACCAAGCAAUGUUUGUACAUAGAUAGACGAGGACAGUUAUUUACACAGAUCCCGAUCUACAAUUUGUUUGAAGCUCAAAAAAACGAUUUUGAUUUUCAGUUCAUGCUGUGUAGGUUUGCGAUGGUUGUGAUCCAGAGGUAUAUUUAUUCAGACAACCCUUAUAUAUAAAUAUAUAUAUAUAUAUUCCUUAAAAUUUAGUUCGGUAAAUUCCGCCCCUCAACGAGCACCGCUAACCUUUUAGCAGUUGAAGGUCUGGUUCAGCUGGCGAACGCUGCUCAUGGAAGUACUUUUGCAAUUUCCCAUCGCUUGUUUUUGUAUUGGUCCUUUUGAGUAAGUGUGCCUCCUCCUCCCCCC